GACGGGGAGGCCGGGCCGCGGGUGCGGGAACCUGAUCCGCCCGGGCGGCGGGGGCGGAGCGGGGGCGGCCGCGCGGGGAGGGGCCGGCGCCCGCCUUUCCUCCCCCAUUCAUUCAGCCGCUCCUGGGGGCCGCGGGGCUCCGGCGGCGAGCUCUGCACGGCGCCCCGAGCCAGCGCGCAGGGCCCCGGGCCGCCCGGGGGCGCUUCCUCGCCGCCGCCCUCCGACUCACUCUGCCCACCAGCCACCAUGUCCGACCCCGCGGUCAACGCGCAGCUGGACGGGAUCAUUUCGGACUUCGAAGCCUUGAAAAGAUCAUUUGAGGUUGAGGAGGUCGAGACACCCAACUCCACCCCACCCCGGAGGGUCCAGACGCCCCUGCUCCGGGCCACCGUGGCCAGCUCCACCCAGAAGUUCCAGGACCUGGGCGUGAAGAACUCGGAGCCGGGAGCCCGCCAUGGAGACGCCCUGAGCCAGCGCUCGCCCAAGCCUUCCCUGCGGAGGGUGGAGCUGUCGGGGCCCAAGGCCGCGGAGCCCGUGUCACGGCGCACUGAGCUCUCCAUCGACAUCUCAUCCAAGCAGGUGGAGAACUCCAGUGUCGCUGUGGCCACCGGGCCGGCCCGCUUCGGGCUCAAGCGGGCUGAGGCACUGGGCCACAAGACACCGGAGCCUGCCCCACGGAGAACGGAAAUCACCCUCGUCAAGCCCCAGGAGCCUGCCCACCGCAGGAUGGAGCCCCCUGCCUCCAAGAUCCCCGACACUGACGUGGCCCCCAAGAGGGUCGAGAUUCAGGUGCCCAAGCCAGCAGAGGCACCCACAUCCCCCGUUCCGCCCCAGAUCCUGGAGAAUUCAGAGCCUGCCCCUGGGUCUCCGCUGCAAAGCAGGCUGGAGCCAAAGCCCCAGCCCCCUGUGGCUGAGGCCCCACCCAGGAACCCGGAGGCCCCCGAGGCAGCUCCCAGCUGCGCUGUGGACAUGGCCGACACCCCCAGAGAUACAGCGUUCAAGCAGGCGCCCGCGUCCCGGAGCGAGAAGGCGCCUGUGGACUUCGGUUACGUGGGCAUCGAUUCCAUCCUGGAACAGAUGCGCCGGAAGGCCAUGAGGCAGGGCUUCGAGUUCAACAUCAUGGUGGUUGGGCAGAGUGGCCUGGGCAAGUCCACCCUCAUCAACACGCUCUUCAAGUCUAAGAUCAGCCGUAAGUCGGUGCAGCCGGCCGCCGAGGAGCGCAUCCCCAAGACAGUGGAGAUAAAAUCCAUCACACACGAUAUUGAGGAGAAGGGUGUCCGCAUGAAGCUGACGGUGAUCGACACGCCAGGGUUUGGGGACCACAUCAACAAUGAGAACUGCUGGCAGCCCAUCAUGAAGUUCAUUAACGACCAGUACGAGAAGUACCUGCAGGAGGAGGUCAACAUUAACCGCAAGAAGCGCAUCCCGGACACGCGUGUGCACUGCUGCCUCUACUUCAUCCCGGCCACCGGCCACUCUCUCAGGCCGCUGGACAUCGAGUUCAUGAAGCGCCUGAGCAAGGUGGUCAAUAUCGUCCCAGUCAUUGCCAAGGCCGACACGCUGACCCUGGAGGAGAGGGUCUACUUCAAGCAGCGGAUCACCGCGGACCUGCUGUCCAAUGGCAUCGACGUGUACCCCCAGAAGGAGUUCGACGAGGACGCCGAGGACCGGCUAGUGAACGAGAAGUUCCGGGAGAUGAUCCCGUUUGCCGUGGUGGGCAGUGACCAUGAGUACCAGGUGAAUGGCAAGCGGAUCCUUGGGAGGAAGACCAAGUGGGGCACCAUCGAAGUGGAGAACACCACACACUGUGAGUUUGCCUACCUGCGUGACCUCCUCAUCAGGACCCACAUGCAGAACAUUAAAGACAUCACAAGCAGCAUCCACUUCGAGGCGUACCGCGUGCGGCGCCUCAGCGAGACCCACGGCACCACGGCCAACGGCGUGGAGGAGAAGGAGCCGGAAGCCCCGGAGAUGUAGACGCCUCCCCCCGGCCCUCCCCUCCCUCCCCUGCUGCCAGGCUCCACCUGUCCUGGCUGAGCCUCCCUCCUGGGGCAGGGGGAAGGAUGGACCAGGACCCUCCCGCCCCUGCCCUACCCACACACCCAAGCUGCCAGUAGCCCCGUCGGCCACGGCCCCUGGCAGCCACCGUGCCCUGUCCGUCCUGAGCAGAAAGUGCCUUGACCGCAGCUGUCCUCCCCAGACAAGCCCGUCCACCCAGACCCCAUGGCCGGUGAGAUGGGGGUGGUCUCUUCUCUCCCUCCGCCCCCGUCCUGAGGCCCCUCUCUUGACUGCCUGUGUGGCUGGUAUACUGGCUCUGAGAAUGACACAGCGGGGACAGAGACACCCCCACUCUGGUUCUGGCUGGUCGGUCCCCACUGAUGAGGGGGUAGAGCUAAGGGGCUGCUCGGAGGAAAGUGGGGGAGUGGGGCGUGGCUUGGGGCUGUCCAAGGACUGCAGCUCCCCUCACCCACAGACCCGCUCCUGUCUCUGUGUCCUUGGGUCAUGUCAGCGCCCUGUGGGCACCCUGCUUCUCACCCCUUCCUGGCCCGGGCAGGUGGGAGUCCAUGGGGCCCUUCUUGUCCUAGCCGGGCACCUGCACCCCAUCAGACACCUCCAGAGGGCGCCCUCCGCAGCCAUCCGCAUCGGGAGGCCAGCAGAGGCCGGCCUGGCCUCGCCUACCUGACCAAAGCGGCUUGCUUGCUCUGUUCCUGGGGGACUGUCCCAUGAGGC